AUGUCUGUAUUAAUUUACAGUCUGAAAAAUAUCGUGGCUGAAAUGGAACAGAUUGAAACGGAAGGUGUUGAUAUUGUUUUGAAUGAUGCAGAGUCGGGCAGAAAUUAUUAUUUAAAACUAAAUAAAGAAGAUAGUGAACGAGUACAACAUGAUGAAGUAUUUGCCCAACAGUUAUUAAACUACGCAAAAAAUCAUCAUCUCAACAGGCCACCGCCAGUCAAAAGUGAUGGGAAUCUAAAAACAGUAAUGCAAACACCAAAAAGAAGUGAUGGUGGGAAUACUGCAAUGAAAACAUGUACUAAUGUAAAUACGGUAAUGCAAACACUAAAUAGAAGUGAUGAUGGGAAUACUGCAAUGCAAACAUGUACUCAAUCAUCCACAUUGCUGGAACAUUCUAAUGGUAGUAAUGAUGCCGCUACUACUGCUGAUAGAGUACAUUGGCCAUAUGAUGCAGUAUUUUUAUUAAUACAAUCAAUGGAAACAAAUAUAGAGAACAUGUCACAUCCAAAAAAAAGAAAGCAUGUAUUUGAAAAUGUUUGUAAUGAUUUAUUGAGUAAAGGAUUUUCCUUUACAUAUGAACAAUGUGCACAGAAAUGGAAGAGCUUGGAAAGAUCUUACAAAAAUGCAAAAGAUAACAAAACUAAAACUGGACGUUCUCCUAGCCGUUUUUAUUUCUACGAUCAAAUGGAUAAUAUUUUAGGCAAUAAACCUACUAAUAGUUCUGAACAUACAUUGGAAUCCAGCGAAGAUCCAAAUGAAAAUGCUGCUAUAGAAGUUGAAGGUAUUGAUGUAAUUGAUAGUGACACAACAGAAAAAUUAGAAAAGAAAAAAUUAGAAAUAGAAGAAAAAAAGAUUAAGGUUUUGGAAGAUCUCGCCAACAAAUUAUAG